AUGGAAAUCUUUAUGUGUAGAUAUGUUACUCAUGAAAAUGAAAAAAUAAAGGGAUUUUGCUUGAAUAACAAUUGUUAAAGUGCAAUUCAAUAUUGUUAUGAAUGUUUAUAAACAAAUCAUUCAGAUCAUCUCAAUGAUUGUAAAAGAUUCACUAAAAUGUUCAAAACUUUAAAUGAAAUCAUGCAAGAAUGCAGUCAAUCAAGGAAAUAACUCCAAGAAGUCUCGAAAUAAUUUUAAAAUUAUUUUGAAUAGACUUUAAAAAAAAUGGAUCAGGAUAUUAAUCUAUUGGAAAAAUUGACCCAAUUACUAUUAAACAAAGAGUAUUUGAAGUUAAAGUCAUAAAUUAACCUAAUUAAAUAUUUUUACUAAAAGGAAAAUGAAUAUUAAUAAAGUAUCUUUUUGUAUAAUUAUAAAGAAUAAUAAAUAUAAAAAUUGAGCAAUACCCUUAAUACAAUCAAGAAUAUGGAAUCUGAAUAAAUGUAAGAUUAAACUAAUUGUGUUAAUUAAAUAGAGAAUAAAAAUGAUGAAUCUAAUUAGGUGAGCAAUAAUUCUAAACAAUAGAAUGUUGAUGAAGCUUAGAAAAUACUUAUGGAAGGUACUAGUAAUUAUGAUGAAAAUUAGGUUAAGCAUUACACAAUUUAAACAAAUACUAAGAAGCUAUUAAAUAUUAUGAUAAAGCUAUUGCAAUUAAUCAAUAAUACGAUAAAGCAUGGUAUAAUAAAGGUAAUUAAUUUUAAAGCAUUAUUAUUUAGGUUCAGCAUUAGACGAUUUGAAGAAAUAUUAAGAGGCUAUUAAGUGUUAUGACAAGGCUAUUGCAAUUAAUCCAAAAUAUGAUAAAGCAUGGAAUAAUAAAGGUAUUAUUGUUAAAGUAUUAUUAUUUAGGUUUUGCGUUAAAAAAUCUAAAGAAGUACUAAGAAGCUAUUGAGUGUUAUGACAACGCUAUAGCAAUUAAUCCAAAAUAUGAUAGAGCAUGGAAUAAUAAAGGUAAUAUUAUUGUUAAAUUAUUAUUAGGUUUUGCGUUAAAAAAUCUAGAGAAAUACAAAGAGGCUAUUGAGUGUUAUGACAAAGCGAUAGCAAUUAAUCCAAAAUAUGAUAGCGCUUAUAUUAAUAAAGGUAAAUAUUUCUAAAUUAUUAAACUUUAGUUUCAGCAUUAGAAGAUUAAAAGAAAUACUCAGAAGCUAGUAAGUGUAGUGAAAAAAUUAAUGCAUUUACUCCAAAAUUUGAUAGCUCAUGGUAUAAUAAAGGUAAUUAUAUUUAAAUCAUUAUUCUUUAGGUUUAUAAUUAGAUAAAUUACAGAAAUAUUAAGAAGCUAUUGAGUGUUAUGUCAUAGCUAUUGCAAUUAAUCCAAAAUGUGAUAGCUUGUGGGUUAAUAAAGGUAAUUAUUUUUCAAAUAAUAUCUAGGUACAGCAUUACACAAUUUACAAAAAUACUAAGAAGCUAUUGAGUGUUAUGAAAAAGCAAUUGAAAUUAAUCCCAACUAUGAUAAAGCAUGGUAUAAUAAAGGUAAGUAUUUUUAAGUAAUAUUCUUUAGGUUCAACGUUAGAUUAUUUAAUGAAAUACUAAGAAGCUAUUGAGUGUUAUGAGAAAGCUAUUUCAAUUAAUCCAAAAUAUGAUAGCGCUUGGUAUAAUAAAGGUAAUUAUUUUAAAGUAUCAGUAUUUAGGUUGUGCGUUAAACAAUCUACAGAAAUACUAAGAAGCUAUUGAAUGUUAUGAUAAAGUCAUUUCGAUAAAUCCAAAAUUUGAUGCAGCAUGGAAUUAUAAAGGUAUUUAUUUUUUCAGUGUUAUUGUUUAGGUUCGACAUUAAGUAGUCUUUUGCAAUACUAAUAAGCUAUUGAGUGCUUUGAAAAAGCUAUUGCCAUUAAUUCUAAAAAUUAUAGCGCAUGGAAAAACAAAGGUGAAUUGAAUUGAAAAUCUUAUUAUUUAGGUUCAGCAUUAGAUGAUUUACAGAAAUACUAAGAAGCUAUUGAGUGUUAUAACAAAGCUAUUGCAAUUAAUCCAAAAUAUGAUAUCGCAUGGUAUAAUAAAGGUAAUUAUUUGAAAAUCUUAUAACUUAGGUUCAGCAUUAAAAAAUUUAAAGAAAUACUCAGAGGCUAUUGAGUGUUAUGACAAGGCUAUUGAUAUUAAUCAAAAAUAUGAUAAGGCAUGGUAUAAUAAAGGUAAUUAAUUUAAAGUAUUAUUAUUUAGGUUUUGUGUUAGAUAAUUUACAGAAAUACUAAAAAGCUAUCGAGUGUUAUGACAAAGCUAUCUAAAUUAAUCCGAAGUUUGAUACAGCAUGGAAUAAUAAAGGUAAUUAUAUUGAAAACUAAUUAUUAGGUUCAGCUCUAGAUGAUUUACAGAAACACUUAGAAGCUAUUGAGUGUUAUGAUAAAGCUAUUUCAAUAAACCCACAAUUUGAUAGCGCGUGGUAUAAUAAAGGUAAUUAUUUUUUAGUAUUAAUGCUUAGGUUCAGCAUUAAAUAGUCUGUAGAAAUACCAAGAAGCUAUUGAAUGUUAUGAUAAAGCUAUUGAAAUUAAUUCUAAAAAUGAUAGCGCAUGGAAUAAUAAAGGUGAAUUUAAUUGAAUAUCAUCUAGGCUUUGCAUUACACCAAUUAAAAAAAUAUAUUGAGGCCAUUUUAUGUUAUGAUUAAGCUAUUUCUAUUUGCAUGAAUCCUAAGAGAUUAAAACUUAAAGGUAGAACAUUCUUCAUUAACUAUAUAUUUAGCUGAUUCACUAUAUGAAUUAGGGAAAAAUAAUGAAGCCAAACAAUUUUAUCUAUCUGCAUUGGAAAAUGGAUCGAAAGACAAGAUUUAUAUAGCGAAAUAGCUAUAAAAGUUAUGA